CCCGGACCCGGCCAGGCCAGGCCCCGGCAGAGCGGCUGCACCGCCGACCGCACGCACGCACGCACGCACGGCCAUGGCUGGGGCGCUGGUGCGCAAAGCGGCGGACUAUGUCCGCAGCAAGGACUUCCGGGACUAUCUGAUGAGUACGCACUUCUGGGGCCCGGUUGCCAACUGGGGCCUCCCCAUCGCCGCCAUCAAUGACAUGAAGAAGUCUCCAGAAAUUAUCAGUGGGCGGAUGACCUUCGCCCUCUGUUGCUAUUCCUUGACAUUCAUGAGAUUUGCCUACAAGGUGCAACCGCGGAACUGGCUCCUGUUCGCAUGCCAUGUUACAAAUGAAGUGGCCCAGCUCAUUCAGGGAGGACGGCUUAUCAACUAUGAGAUGAGUAAGAAGGCGUCCGCGUAGCGGCGAGGACCAGCUCUUGAAAGGGACAGUGCCUCAGCCACUGUUGCCAAGCCACAGACCACAUCAGCAUACAUGAUCUUGCCGAGGGGAAAACACGGAAUGCUAUCCUUAAUUACCUUGCCAACAUUAUAGAAGAGCAGAGAGUCCCUAAGCCAACUCUCUGCUGCCUUAUCGAUGCUAAAAUUUAUGUCUUCAUCAAGAGUAGUUCAAAAUAUGCAAAUAAUUUAAUAAUUUUGAAUGAUGGUUUAUCUGUAGUAAUGUUUAGUAAUGUGUAUAUUAUCUAUUGGGGCUUGUGUAAUAAAAAUCUAAGGAACAAAAUUUUAUAACUAUAA